AUGUCUUGCUGUCAUUCGUUAAGCCAUACCCGUCCAACGGUGACGAAGCUUGCUGGUGCGAGCAUUCGAUGUGAAUGCUCAGCAGGUAUGGUCGACGAUUCAGACCGACAGUUAGGCCUCACGAUCAUCGGUCGCUCUCCCGACGGGGUCUGGAUGCAAUCAGGACCGAUCGUGAGAGUUGAUGCGGUUGGGGCUAUCGUGUGCAGAUACAGACACGUCCCUGGGUCACCAACAAGUUAUGGAGAGAAUCGGGGACAGAAGUGGUUGGACGCCAUGCAAGACGGCGCCCGGGCCGGACGACGGGUUCCUGCGCACGCCGCUCAACAUUGGACGAAGAUGGUGUGCGAUUGCCUGGACUCUGGGAGCGAAGGCAGCGGGACGGUCUCUUGUGGCGGCCGAAAAUCAGCUGGAAACCAGGAUCAUGCAAGAAGCAAUUUCUUCUUCUACUUCUGCUGGAAAUGGUGUGGACAGUUACGGACACAAACUGCACAGCAGUCUGCGAUCCCAGCCCCGAGAACCCAGCUCUCGGGACCUCAGCAGCCCGGAAGCUCCACUACGAAUAUUCGUGAUAUCGAGCGAGACAAUAGUCGGAAAAAAAGGACACGAGAGCACGAUAAUUGUAAUACUGGACGAGACUCCAGAGUAGCUGUGGAGGAACUAGUUGAAAAGCUCGAGCCGGUGAUUGCCUUGAAUAAUCAGCGACAUAUGAUAAAGUAA